AGAUUGAUGCCGGCCAGCCAAUGGGAGACCUGCACUUGUGCCAGUCAAUCUCUCGUAUCCUUUCAGUUGGAACUCCGUCGGUACCUGAGUACUUGAGUGCUCUGAGUUCUCAGGUUUCCUUCUCCCUCUAACUCACGCUCUCCACUUGUCCAUACUACCAGAGCCUACCAGCUCCCCACAUUCCUUUGGAACCUUUCACUCAUUUAUUGCAGUGAUGUUCAAAUCGCUUAUCGUCUCAUUCGCCCUCGCAGCUUCAGUGCUCGCCAACGUCUAUAUUACCUCUCCGACUGCAGACACUACUUGGACUGGUGGUCAGGAAGCAACUAUCGACUGGCAGGACGACGGCUCCUCUCCUUCCCUCGCCUCAUUCGGCCUGGCGAAGUUCUCCAUCUAUGUGGGCAAUGCUAACCAACAAACCUCCCUGCAACUUAUCUCGGGCAACGUCAGCGUCGCAAAUGUCUCGUCACUAACUUUCACACCCAGUCCAACCAUUGGGCCGGACAGUAACGAGUACUUUAUUCGUGUCGAGUCCCUAAACCUCAAGGAUGCCUCCAACUCACAAUACCCAGCUCUUGCUUUCUCCGCCAAAUUCACCUUGGCUGGAAUGUCAGGUACAUUCAACUCUUCACUUCAAGCAGAGAUCGAUGGUCAAUCGACUGCGCCCAUCGGUGGCCCGACCUCUAGUGCUGGCUCAGCGACUGCUGCCACCACUGCCAAGGCUACCACCGUAGCUGCGGUUACCACCGGGAGUGCUGCCGCCAGUACUGCAACCAGCACCUCUAAGAGUAAUGGCGCAGGCAGGCACGGCGUAACGAGCCUUGCAGGCUUCGUUGGUGCUGCUGCGGUCCUCGUUAGUGCAGCCGUUCUCUAAUUUUUCCGUCCCUACAUCUCCUCUUCGAGUUUCCUCUGUCCUCUGUUUUCCACCCUUGAGUUUGUUUGCUCUUUCCUACAUAUUCCAUUCGGGGUAAUGUGGUCAUGCUUGUCUUUGAUGCGUUGUUGAUACGGUUACCGGCAUCUGGUGAUUUGCGGGAUUUGCUAAUAACUACAGGUUCUAGAUCAUUCACGGUACCGUAUGCGUAAUGUGUCUUUGAUGGUCGUGUAAUCACUUUCGUCUUUGAGACGAAUGGUUUGCGAGCGAAUACACUAUUUCUCUUCGUAGAUACUUGCAUGAAAGUAUCUAUAUAAAAGAUGCACAGCAACAAGCUCAACGGAACAUGCUGAAGAUCGCCAGAAGAUGAGCAAUCCAUUUCAAAGAAAGACAAACUGUCUCCGCCACUG